UAACUUCUCUCUUUUUUUAACCAAGAAUAUUAGUUUGGGGUUGGAACAUGAGUAACCAUGAAAUGAUAAGCCUAUGAUAACUAUGAAACAUGUCAUGUCUUUGUUCACUUUUGGCAAUUUCCAAAAAGCAUAGAAUUUCCCCCCAAAAAAGAGAUAAUUUGUCACCCUUUCAAAGAAGUUUACUACAACUUUUAAAGACAAUUCUGAGAGGAAUUCUAAGAAUGUUUAUGCAGUAGUGGCUAUAAAAACAUAAGUGCAUGACCUUCAGCAUGUCUGUUUUGGUUGCAUAAUUUAAGAAGCAGAGAUCCUAUUAAAAUAGGGUCACACUGCUUUAUAGAUAUACUUAAUCAAUGGAAGGCCUUGCAAGAAACCUACAGUUUUAUGGGAGGCAGCAGCACUACUUCCUGGGCUAUAAUAAAGUGUUCUGAUGCAGCUUCAUACAGCAAGGAGGAAGAGGUUGUGUACAAAAUCACCACCUUCUGUGGGUAUAUAAAGGAGCAAGUUGAAUGAGAAGCCUAAGACACUCACUUCUUUCUAUCAACAGCCACCUACUCCCGAAAUCUCACUAUGGCUUGCCACAACUACUGCUCCGGAAACUACAGCUUGGGAUCCCUCAGGAAUCCUUGUCAUAUCCCUCUCUCCUCAUCCAUUGCCCUCUGCCCUACAAAUGUGAGUGGUGGCGAUGUCCUUUGCGUGCCCAGUAGCUGUCAAGACCGUACCUGGAUCCUGAACAAUGGCCAAGAGACCUGCAGUGAACCUGCCAGCUGCCAGCCAGCCAGCUGUGAGCCCAGCAACUGUGAGACUUCCAGCUGCCCUUCCACUGCGUGCUACGUGCCCAGACCCUGCCGAGGAAUCAGUCUUCUUCCUGUAACUCACACCUCUGGCUCCUGCCUCUCAGUAUCCAGUAGACCUCUGAACUACGUGUUCAGCAGCGGCCGGCCCCUGAGCCUCCUCACUCCUGGAUACCGCCCCCAGGGCUGUUUGCCCUGUGGUCCUCACCACCUUAGCGUUGUGUCCGGCAGCCUCAGACCUCUGUAUCCCGUUUUCGGCGGAUGCCAACCUCUGACACAUGUAGUCAAUACUUGUCAUCCAUCUUGCUCUUCCUGGGGAGGCCAGUAGCUUCCUUGUUCCAGAUAAUGAUCCACCUGAGGACCCAAGACAAAAACUCAAACUCCAUGGACUUUUGCUUCUUUCCUAGUCGUGACUGCUUUUUCUUGAUUGUCCUGUGCCUGAUCCAAAGAAAGCUGCUCCUUUCACAUUUUAAUCUUUGUUUCCUCUCUCCUUAAGGUAAAAUGAUUUGGUUUACAAUGCUAUUCAAUGCCACUCAGGUGUGGAAAGAAUGUAUUCGGUGUGGGUUGCAAUAAAUGAGUUUCAUUCAGAAUUAAGAA